AGCUCCUGUGAUAAGGACGUGAUUCUGAAUAUCUUGAGCGUUCUUACCGAUCUUCUCUCUGUGGGGACCGACCGGAGGAUCCACUACAUGAUUAGCAAAGGAGGCAGCGAAGCGCUUCUGCAGGCCCUGGUGAACGCGGCCCAAACUCCCACGCCGGACUACAACGUCCUCUUGUUCCUGCUCCGCCUGGCGGCCAAGGUGGGCCAGAAAGAUAAAAAGUUUGGGCUGAAAGCUCAAAAGCUGGAGGCCGUUGAUGUGACACUCAGUUUGGCAAAGAAGAAUCUAAACCACAAGCAGAAUCUCACCCAUUGCCUUUGGGUGCUCCGGGUUUACGCUUCUAGUGUUACGGUGGGGACCACGCUGGGAGUGAACGGAGCCAUGGAACUGCUAUUCAAAGUCAUCACGCCUUACACCAGGAAGCACACCACGACAGCAAGGGCAGCGGUUGAAGCCAUGGCUGCUUUGUUGAAAUCAAAGCCGAACAGCCGACGAGCGGUCAGCAAAGGCUACGUGUGUCAACUGCUCCGGCUGUACCAGGACUGGCACCAGCAAGACACCAGCAACAGUUACAUCUGCAUCCGGAGGGCCUUCCUCCUUUGCCUCAAGCACAUCACCAAUGUCCGGUCCGGCAGAGAAUGUUUCCUCCUUGCUAGUGGCAUGGAGACACUCUUCAAAACGGCUCAGGACUGUCUGAGCAGCAAGAGCCUGGCGCCCAUCACCAACACAGUGACUCAGAUCCUGAGGAAAACCUACCCCAAAAUGCCUCUUCCUUCAGCCGCUCUUAGCAGCCUGUAUUCCUUCCCCAUUCCUGGAAGCGCCAGAAAGGGACCUUCGCAACCCAGUCCGGAGGAGAAACUGCUGAGCUAUGGUUGUGAAGAAGGUGGAGAGGAGAUCGAGAAGGACUUAAAUCGUGAGGACGUGGAAGUCAAGGAGGAAGAUGACGAUUUAGAGACAGAUGUGGAGAAACUCAUGUCCCAACCCAAGCUUGAUCGACCAGAGUCAGAUCUUGAACAGUACCGGGCGAUGUGUUCGGAACUUUGCUGCAGCCUUCUGGAGUUCAAAUCCGAGCCUGAAGAUGAAGGGAGCUCCGACGACGCCACUGGGACGCUGACCCGUUCCUGUCUCGGUGUCAUUCCACACGCUACCCCUGCAAACCACCAGCCAAAAUGUAGAGAGGGAGACCAAGCGUCUAACAGCCCGAAGCUGCCCCAGAAGGCUCCCAGGGUUCCAGUGCAGAACUGUUUGGCGAAGGAAAAAACUUCUCAAGGACCUGGAAAAUUGUCUCCUGACAAAUUGGGACCUGUAAUGGAUACAGCUAGUCUGAACGUUCUUGACGUACAAAAUUGCCGGGGCCGCUGCUUAAACUCCUGUGAGCCUGUGGGGGCCUCUGAGGUCAUAAAAAAACUUCUAGAGAGACACCCAGGGAAUAUUCCUUUCCACAAUCCUCGCUUCUAUAUGGCCAAGGCUGGACGUACCAGGUCCAUCCCAGAGUUCCGAGUGCUGGCAUUUCCCGAUUUCUGGGGUCACCAAACUCUUCCGUAUAGUCAGUCUACGUAUCAAAGGAGAUAUGGCAUCCAAAAGACCAAAAUAUUCGAAGAUGUCCGUCGGGUCAUCCAGCCAGAGGAUACAAUAGAUCGAGUCAUCUUUAACUUAGAUGGUCCGAGCUGUGAUGCUCCAGAGUGCCUGAAAUUCUUUUCCAAGUUUGAGUCUGGGAACCUCCGCCAGGCCAUCCAGAUGCGGGAGUUCGAGUACGACCUGAUCCUCAACCCUGACGUCAACACCUCCCUGCACCAGCAGUGGUUCUACUUCGAGGUCAGCGCCAUGAAGUCGGCCACUCCCUACCGCUUCAACAUCAUCAACUGCGAGAAACCCAACAGCCAGUUCAACUACGGCAUGCAGCCGGUCAUGUAUUCAGUGAAGGAAGCUCUCCAGGGCAGGCCUCACUGGAUUCGGGUGGGCUAUGAUCUCUGUUAUUACAAAAAUCACUACCAGCGGUGUACGGCAGCUGCUGUAGCAGCAGGCACCAGUGGGAAACUGUGCUACACCCUCUCCUUCACCGUUGUGUUCCCCCAUAAGGAUGACGUCUGCUACUUGGCCUACCACUACCCUUAUACCUACUCAGCCAUGAUGUCUCACCUGGACAUUCUGGAACAAAACCGGAACCCAAAGAAAAUCUUCUUUCGGAAGCAGACCCUGUGCCAUUCCCUGGGAGGAAACCCUUGCCCUCUGCUAACCAUCACAGCCAUGCCAGUGUCGGAAAGCUGCUAUGACCUGGAGAAAUUUCGUGGCCGUCCUUACGUGGUCUUAAUGGCUCGUGUCCACCCUGGGGAGAGCAAUGCCAGCUGGGUAAUGAAAGGGACGCUGGAGUUCCUCCUGAGCAGUGACCCCAUUGCAGAUCUCCUGAGACACUGCUUCAUCUUUAAGGUCAUCCCCAUGCUGAAUCCAGAUGGAGUCAUCAACGGCAACCAGCGAUGCUCCCUUAGUGGGGAUGACUUGAACAGGCAAUGGCUGAAGCCCAGCGCUACUCUCCAACCCACCAUUUACCAUUCCAAGGGCCUCCUUUAUUACCUCAGAAGCCUUGGCCGGGUUCCAGUGGUGUUUUGUGACUAUCAUGGCCAUUCCCAGAAGAAGAACGUCUUCUUGUACGGAUGCAGCAUCAAGGAGACUUUGUGGCAAGCGGGACACAGUGUCGACACCACCGUGGUCACGGAGGACGUCGGCUACAGGACCCUUGCCAAGAUCUUAGAUAAAGUGGCCCCCGCCUUUCUCAUGAGCAGCUGCAACUUCCUGGUGGAGAAGUCGCGGGAAUCCACGGCGCGGGUGGUGGCGUGGCACGAAAUCGGAGUGUUGAGGAGCUACACCAUGGAAAGCACGUUCUGUGGCUGCAGCCACGGGCUGUACAAGGGUCUGCAGAUGGGCACCGGGGAGCUGGAAGAGAUGGGAGCCAAGUUCUGCCUGGGCCUUCUCGUGCUGCAGCUGAAAUCUCUGCCCUGCAGCAGGGAAGUGAUGGCACAAGCCGCGUCUCUGCUGGACCUGGAAGAGGAAAUCGCAGAUCUCCGAGUCCAAAGAACAAGUCCCGUCAGCGUGGAGACGGACGACGAACUCCCCGUCGGGGACGACGUGGAUUACAACACCGACAGCUGCUCCGACCAGGAGGGAGACUUCUCGGAGCUGGACUACGCCAUGCGGGAACGUCCCCGCGGGCCAGACGGAGGGAGUGCGGAGGCGGAGGCCGGCAAAGGGCAGGUGUGCGGCCUCAAGCCUUGCGAUGGACUUUAUAUCUCCAGCCGGUAG